GUUGCCGGCGCUUUAGAGCUUUAAGCUAUAUUCUCGGUCUCGCGACCUACUAGCAUCUCCGACACCAUGGCCUCUGAUCCAUCCCCUAAGGAUGCAGAACUGGGUGACGACUACGUGACCUUUUUCGAUCCAUCCACUCGUACUCGGCGAGGUCUCUGUCCUGUGACUGAAAUACGGAACAAGGGAGACCCGUUUGAAAGUCACUCGCUGUACUUUGAGCUUCAUGGGACUGGACCUCAGAAGAUCGUGUUUAUCAUGGGUCUCAACAGCACAUCUUUCGGAUGGUCACCACAAGUAGAGCACUUCUCAAGGCUGAGUUCUGGUUACACCACGCUUGUGUUCGACAACAGAGGGGUAGGCAUGAGCGGUACGCCCAAGGGACCCUACACAACGAGUGGCAUGGCGAAAGACGUCGUUGCUCUGCUCGACUAUGUGGGCUGGACAGCAGAAAGGGACAUUCACGUCGUUGGUAUCUCACUUGGGGGCAUGAUAGCCCUAGAACUUGCUACCCAAAUUCCCGAGAGGAUUAUCUCCCUCAGCCUGGUUGUGACGACUCCUGGAGGACGCCCUUGGUCCAAUUUACCACCUUGGAAAGGUUUCAAAGCUUUAAGCAGGCUUCUUACGAUGUCUGAUCCCAAUGCCAAGAUACCCAUAAUCAUGGCCAUGCUUUUCCCCACCGAUUGGCUUCCCUUGAAGGCCGAAGAUGACCCGCAAGGCCGCACUAACUAUGAGAUCCAGGCAGACUCCUACGGCAGGCGGUUGGCUAUAACGAGGGUGCAGUCACCCGCCGCUGCCGUGUCGCAAAUGGUUGCAGGCCUCACCCACCAUGUCACGCCCGAGCGCCUGCGGAAGAUCUCCUCCUCAAUACCGAAGGUCCUUAUUCUGACCGGGGACCAGGACAACUUAGUGGACGCACGGAACAGCGCAACCAUCAAGAACGACAUGCCAGAGGCUGAAUACAUCGUGUGGGAGCAUACCGGACAUGGGAUUACCGCCCAACACCAGACGAGAUUCAACGAACUACUUGAGAAGGUGUUUUCAGAAGGCGUUGCGGCAUUGCGUCAAUAAUUUGCUUCGACGCUAGAACACAGCUACUUCACUAGAUGAUGUGAUGCAUUAGAUUUCUAGUUGCGAGAGUCGUGCAUUAUACCAGUGUAAAUAUGAGAUUGUACGAAAUGCCAGUACCAGUGCUAGUGGCCAUGUCUCUGAGAACUAGAAACACCGAGUAGUAGCGACGAAGCAGAUUGCAAGAGUGUUAUGGAUCCUCGGGACGGUUGACGUUGACGGUAUGGGUCAAGGUCCUACUUCUCGCGUAGCAAAUCCUUCAGCUGUUUCCUGACCUCCGGGGCAGCCUUACCAAUGGCAGCCCGGGAAACACGAGGCUCAAUGCGAAGGUUUGAAGGCCAUUCUGAAGCCUGCUGUUCCUGACGUUUCAUGAGGGUAUUCAAGAUGGGCUCAAUCCGUGUCCGAUCCUCCGAGCGAGUAAGAGGUGGAGGCAAAACUUGCUUUUUGGGUACGGAGGACUUCGGAAGGACAUGCAGGAAGCGAGCGACUGUUGUGCGCAUCUUGGUACGAACUAGCUUU